UAGUGAGAGCAGAGGAGUUAUUCCAGUCCUUAUUUUGAUUUGAUUUAAUUUCAUUUUAAGAGAUACAGAUUUGGUUACUAAGAGAAAUUGUAAUUUCUCGGGAGAGAAUGAUUUGAUCAUCUUCGAUUCGAUGUGAUCCCGCCAACACAAAACUCUUAUCGACAUAAGAAGCGUCGUAGAUAUUUAUUUAUGAAGGGGCGAGAUUGAUUGAUGAUGCUUUGUGGUUCUUUGCGAGAUCGAAUACAGCCUUGGCUUCGCGACUAUGUUAAACUCCAAUCUCUCGCCGUCAUCCUAAUCUACGCUCAGAUUGGCUGCGCUCUGAUUGGAUCACUAGGGGCCUUAUACAAUGGAGUUUUGCUGAUUAACUUGGUGAUCGCGUUGUUUGCGCUUGUGGCAAUCGAGAGCAAUAGCCAAAGCCUCGGCCGCACCUACGCUGUUCUCCUCUUGUGCGCUCUUCUUCUCGAUAUCUCAUGGUUCAUCCUCUUCACCCAAGAGAUUUGCAGGAGCAUUUCAGCUGAGACGUAUGGGGCCUUCUUCAUAUUUUCAGUGAAGCUGACCAUGGCCAUGGAGAUGAUUGGCUUCUUUGUGAGGCUCUCUUCCUCUCUCUUGUGGUUUCAGAUUUAUAGGCUUGGUGCUUCUAUUGUCGACACUUCACUCCCCCGUGAAACGGAUUCUGAUUUGCGGAACAGCUUCUUGAACCCGCCAACUCCUGCUAUAGACAGGCAGCGUUCAGGUGCCGAAGAAAUCUUGGGAGGUUCUAUCUACGACCCUGCCUACUACGCCUCUCUUUUUGAAGAGGCCCAAUCCAAUUUGAGUUCACCCAACGCAACACAGGUGAAUCAUUAUUCAGCUGAGAACAAUGGAUCACCAUCUGCAGCAGAAGCCUCUCAGAUUAAGUCUUCCAUAUCCAGAUCAUUGCAUGCAAUUGAUGAAGAGAAAGGUUUGAAGCAACCGCCGGGGAUGUCUUCAUUAUGAGCAAAACUCCAUUCAAGAAAGGUGGUGCUAUCUUAGCAAAUUCUAAACAAACAAGUGUCUACUUUGCAGUAGCUGAGGCUUAGGAUUUGAAGCAGGCGCGCAAGUAAGUGUGAGAGAGAUUCAUGAAAUAAUCUGCGUGUUCUUACAAAGGACAAGAAGGUUAUAUACGUUGACGACAAGUAAGCACCGUUUCUACUUAAGCUUUUUUUCAUUAUUUAUUUUGUAUGAAAACAUUUAUUUAUUUGGGGAUACGUGGUUAGAAUAGUGUAAGAAUCUACCUGAUGCAUCAUGAUGAUUCUUUCCGGGUUUAUCUUUUGUGUUGUAAAUGGAGCUACUUUUGUUGUUUUAUUUUGGGUUUCAAUGGAGAUAGUAUAAAGAUA